UGUUGUUGACCAAUUUUACCACCACCAUACACACACACACAAAUGUGAAAAUAUUGUUUUUGUUUUUGUUUUCAAAAUUCAAACAAAAAAAAAACUAAUUUGAAAAUAAUCAAGAAAAUCCAUAUCAAUGGCUGCUACUACAAUCGUUGAAGGAACAAAAUUGGCAUUAAAUUCAUCAUUAGAAUUGAAUAAAAAUCAUUCAGUCGUAUUUGUAAAGCUAACCGAUUCAGCAUUGAAAGCAAUCGAAGAUUAUACUUUGGCCAUUUCGAAGGGAAAUGUAUCACAAACGAUUAAAAAGCCAUUGAUUGAACUACAGCCUAACAAUUCACAGGGCAUAAUAACGAUACCGAAUAAUAAUGAUCUACAAUCAUCAAAUGAUGAUGAUAAAAAGGCACAAUGUUUUAAUUUUUCAAUAAAAGAUAUACAAAAUGAUGGUGGAAUAUUGGAAUGUGUACGGCAAACAUCAAUGUCGAUGGAAUCAUUGGGUAAAAUAAUGUUACGUAUGCAGAUACAUGCCAAUGAUGAUGUAUAUCAAAAGACCAAAGUGAAAAUGGCUGUUGCGGCCGAAUUGGAAAGUAAAAAAUAUAAUACCAAAGUGAUUGAAUUUAGUGGACGUAAAGUGAAAGCGAAAAAACCAUAUACUUCAAAUGCUGGAACAAAAUUUACCGGAACAAAUAAUAAUAAUAAUAAUUCAUCGACAUCAACAACGGCGGGCACUAAAAAUUCAUCAUUGGUUCGUUUCAAUAAAUUUACUAAUAAUAGUAAUGGCCAAUCAAAAUCGACGAUACCAGCUGAACAUUUACGAAAAGUUCGUGAUUUAUUGAUACAAUUAUUAGUGACCAAAUCAUGCAAUAAGCCAGUGGAAUUGAUUCCUAAAGUACAAGAACGUUUUAAAGAGCUACCUAUCGAUAAACAACAGAUCAUACAUAUAUUAAACACGAUUGCAACAUUUAAAGAAGGUAUUUAUCAAUUGAAUGAAUUGGCCGUUGCUGAAGAAGCAUUACAACAAUUUGAAACCGAAAAACGUAAUGGAUCAACAAAUGUUUCCAUCACUGUAAAUGGCGGUAACAUUAAUAAUAAUAACAGCAGUAUUUCACCAUUUUCUGAUCAUUCAGCUCGAAGUAUAUCAUCACCAAACAGUCUAAAUACAUCACCGACAACAAUUACUUUAUCGAUUCAUAAACAUUCUCCUUAUCCUAAUGGUGUUGUAACGGCAAAAUCAUCAAUGAAACGAAGUGGGCCUGAUUUUUUGACAACUACAACAGGACAGAAAAAAUUUAAAAGUGAUAAUAUCGGCCGUUCAACCACCACUGCAGCAAAAUCAACAUUAAAUAAUCAAAGUGCAAUAACAGCAAGCUAUUCACCAUUCGAUAAAGUCAAUAAUCACGUGGAACAACCAUUACAACAUGAAUCACCGGAUAUUGCUCGUUCACAACAUGCUUCGUAUUUAAAAUCAAGCUCUCAAUUUGAUGCAAUUAGUCAGUUGAUGAACGGUAAACCACCACCACCACCAUCGUCAUCAUCGAUGUCUAAAGAAUCGAACAAUGGCCAUCAUCAUCAUCAUCAACAACAAUCAAAUCAUAAUCACAAUCCACGGCAUUUUGGUAACGGAUCUGGUUCAAUGAAUUCGACCCCGAAUUCAAGUCCCGAUUCAGAUAUUAGUCAUAUUGGUAAUGUUGCAAGUUCGGAUUCAAGUCAGAAUAAUGACUCGGAUGAUUAUCUGAGUAAAUAUCCAAAAAUCAAGGACAUGAAUCAGCUAAUUCAAUAUAGACGUGAUUUUGAGGCUGAAUUUCCUGAAUAUAAAAAACUUUAUGAUUAUGUUGAAGGUGUUGCACGACAAUUUGAAGAAUUAAAAGAACGUAUACAGGCUAAAGAAGAAGAAACGCAUAGAAAAAAAAGAAUUCAGGAAAUCUUGAUGAAAACGCCUACGGAUAUAACAAAAGAUGAAAAGGAUAUUUUGAAACGAUACAAGAAUUUGGUCAAACUUGUGCAAUCGCAACGAAAAAAUCAGAGUCUGCGUAAAGAACGUGAACAAGAAAUUGAAGACGAUAUCAAUACAUUACGAUUUAAAUGUUCGCAAUUAGUCGAACUGAUUCGUUCCAGUAAACAUAUUGUUCUUUAUACGGGUGCCGGUAUUAGUACAUCAGCAUCGAUACCUGAUUAUCGUGGUCCGAAUGGUGUAUGGACUCGUAUCAAAAAUGGUCAUAACACUCCCGAUGUUAAUGAUUUAGUUUUUUCUGAACCAACAUUCACGCAUAUGGCUAUUGUAUCAUUAGUGAAACAGGAUAUAGUCAAGCAUGUUGUAUCGCAAAAUUGUGAUGGACUUCAUCUACGUAGUGGCAUACCAGCCAAUCGUCUAUCCGAAAUUCAUGGUAAUAUGUACAUAGAAGUUUGUCGUAAUUGUAAAACAUCAUACAUACGUUCAUUCGAUGUGACGGAAAAGACUGCCCUACGACGACAUGAAACCGGUCGACGAUGUCAUCGAUGCCCUUCCAAUGUUGGAAAAUUAAUUGAUACGAUUGUACAUUUCGGUGAAAAAGGUAAACUAAAACAUCCAUUACAAUGGGAAGCUGCUGCAAAUGAAGCACAAAAAGCCGAUCUAAUUAUCUGUAUGGGAAGUAGUCUGAAAAUAUUACGUAAAUAUGCUUGUCUUUGGCCACGAAAUAAGAAAACAAACAAAUUGGUUAUCAUAAAUCUACAAUGGACACCAAAAGAUUCACAGGCAACGAUAAAAAUCAACGGAAAAUGUGAUAUGGUCAUGACAGAAUUGAUGACAAUGUUGAACAUACCUGUCAUACCAUAUGAAAAAGAUGAUGAUUAUGUUCAUCGAAAUUCCAUACCAUUACGAUCGGAUGAAGAAUUUACAUGUAAUCGAAUCCGUUUGGAACAAUUAUUUAAAAAUGAAAUUGAUUACGAAAAAAUAAACACAAUGCAACCAGCUUGGUUUGGAAAAGGUGUACGAAAGAAAUGAUUUUUUUUUUACUGAACAUUAUUUAUUUAUUUUCAUUAAUAAAAAUUUUAUAAGAUUUU